AUGUCCUAUGUCCCCAGCUACAUCCUGCAGCUGCUGGGGGUGAAGGUGUUCUCCAUGUCCCAGGUGGACAGACUCGGCGUAGCCAAAGUCAUGGAGGAGACAUGUGACUAUCUCUCUGCCAUAGUGAAGAAACCGAUCCACCUGAGCUACGACAUCGACGCCAUCGACCCCUCGGUUACCCCGGCAACAGGGACACCUGUCGUGGGAGGGCUCACCUACAGGGAGGGGGUCUACAUCGCCGAGCACGUCGGCCAGACAGGUCUCCUGUCGGCGGUGGACCUGGUGGAGGUGAAUCCUCUGCGGGGACGGAGAGACGAGGACGUCCGGUCCACCGUCAGCACGGCCGUGGACCUGCUGCUCGGGUGCUUCGGACGCCGCCGUGAGGGACAACACGCGCCGGACUACCACCUGCCCGAGCCCUGAAGACGUCCCUCUGUCUCUGUCCCUCACUGUCUCUGUCUCUCGCUGUCUCCGUCCACAUGUCUUCGUCCAAUCACCGCCUACCUGAGCCCUGAAGACGUCCCUCUGUCUCCGUCCACAUGUCUUCGUCCA